AGAUUCAUUCAUUUCCCGGCUCUUGCUACUGACGGUUGUAUUUUCGUGUCGUGUCGCAAACUGAAAAACGUCCACGCGGCGAAUGAUUACCUUGUCCGAGUUAAACAGUGGAAAAUCAUUUUCUUGCUGUCCGUUCCAAUGAAAUCACGGUUUUCAGCUUAUUUUUUUUCUAAUAUUCUAACAGUUUUGUGACAAAUUUCUUGUCCUUAUUUGUGCUGAACUGUGGGCAAAAGAAUUGCUGUGAAUCCUGUUAAAGAAAACGGAAAUAGUGUCUUGUGAAAGUGUUUGUUGCCAAGUGAGUUAUGUUUUGAGGCGUUAAAGUGGUUUAUAAAAUUGUGCAUCGAUCAAAAUCGCUAUCAUUCUGUUCAUCGUCGUUGUUCACGUAGAUCUUCUGGUAGCUGUGUACCCUCAUCUAAAGUGGCAACCUCUGAUAAUUAUUUGAAUCGCGCGCCUCUUCACCAAACAACAACCAAGCAAGCACCUGACGCGAGCAGCAAGCAUCAACUACACGGUGCUUCUACAGCCUCCAUUUUUCGAUGGGUUGACACGACUGCUCGGGAGCCGCUUCCUGACGACGGGAAAUAAAAGAUAGUUUGUACGCGUUAGUUGGAUUCUGCCGAUUCUCUACAUUGCUGGCCACCGUACGGGAGCAACUCUAUCUCCCGGAAGUGAAUGGGCUAACUUGCGGAGGAAGCAACUCUGCUUGACGAGUGCAGGUGUGAUCUCAUCCUCGUGGUCCGGGUGUGAUAACUAUAGCGAACAACCAUCUGUGAUUAUUCCUGUCUUCCCACGAAUCCAGCACCCACGAAGAUUCAAAGCUGAAGCCCAAAAAAUUGCCAUUCUGGUUCCCUCACCGAUUUCAUCUGAUCAUCUAUUUUGUGUAGCCGGCAUCAUCAGCUUGCUCCACAGCUUCAAACCGUGUCACUCCGAAACCGCUUACCAAUGAGAGUAGCCGGAGGGAGCUCCAGCCCGUACAAAUUGGCGUCCAAGGCAGCCCAGAGCGUCGUCGUCUCCUGCGGCUGUGAGGCUGGCCAGCUCGGAUUGACCCUACAAUUUUGCUAUUUUUAUUUCGAAAUCUCCACAAUUCUGCUGCACCUGUUCCACGGCUUGGGCUUGGUAAUUGCCGACCUCAACUAUUGCCAGGCCUAGCUCCCGCUUCUUCCGACGCGAAACCGGCACACGUAGUGGCCAUCAUCAUCAUCAUCACCAACGGUUCAGUGCAAAUUUUUGAAUCCGUCCUCUCGAAUCUAAGUGAUAGUAGAAAGAAGAAAAAUCAAGUGCAAGUGUGUGCCAUUUAGCUCAAUCGUGUUUAUCAAGUGCAGUUCGGAAAGGGAAAGGCCGCACGCCUCAUUGUGUUCAAUAAUCAAGCCAAAGCCAAAAUAGGAACCAUGUUGAAGGUAGUCGGUGCAUCCUGGUACAAAACACGGAUAAGUACCUACAUCUUAGGCGGUGCCUUCAUGCUCGCGUUCGGAGCGUUCUUUAUUGCGGAGAUGGAGAGGCCCGUCUACGACGGAACGUACUGCGCCACGGCUUACUGGGCCGGCAACUCGGGCUUCCGAGUGGAGUUUUGGGGUCAACGAAACGAUCUGGAGGUGGUCCCGAAAGGAGCGGUGCGCGGCUGCUAUCGGAACAGCCUGCUAGAAAAUGGCUGGUCCCAGCUGGAGUUAGAAUCUCAGCCCGAGUAUCCUGACAAAAUUCAAGCAUUCGCUGCCGGCAUGUUGGAGGGAGCGCUCAGCUGGCAUACUAUCUAUCUUCACUGGACGAACACCAUCAACGCGGAAUGCACUCGGGACGAUCAGUCGGAGGAGUUCUGCGACUGGCUGCGUCGUAUCGUCACCACAAAUAUGGAAACUGUCAAAAAGAUGGCGGACAUGAAGGGCAAGCAUGACCACUACUGGUACCAGAUUGGCCUGUUCUAUGAUCAGCUCGACGGGCUGGAGUUUGGCUUCCGCAAGGGCGUUCGUCGGUCGCGCAUGGAGUACGAGAUACCGAUGGAGGACUUCCUGUUGAUGAACAGUGCGGUCGAUAUACGGGAUCUGAAAGCGUACUACAUGAACUUUUUGGAUGGAGAAAGUGGCAUGGAAGUGGAACCGAACAAAGGGAUUCUGUUGUUGAAGAUUUUGGAGAACAGUGGCGGACUGGUGAAGAUUUUGUUGGGUCACGCAAGUGAUGGCAGCUACGCGUCGAUGCUAAGAGUGGUAAAGAAGUAUACGUUUAACUAUCAUUUCUCAUCCGAAGCUACCGUUGACCGGGUGGUUCCGAGUACAAACAUCGUGUUCACCGGUUAUCCAGCUGCAUUGUCAUCGAUGGAUGAUUUCUAUAUGCUCUCUGGAAAGCGACACAAAAUGGUGGCAGCCGGAAUUAAGAUAGAAAAUGACAAUUUGAAUCUCUGGACUAAGAUCGAUCUGGUGCGAUCGGUUCCUCUGGGUCCACGAGUGAUGGCUGCUAACCGGUUGGCACACAGUGGCCGCGUUUGGUCGAAGUAUUUCGCACGGAGUCCAUCAACCGGUGCUAAACAGUGGCUAAUUAUGGAUAUGAAGCGGCUGAACCAUAGAACUAACAUUACCGAUGAUUCGGCUGAAACGGAAGAAACUCUUAUGAACCAGAUCGAAAUGAUUGAGUACGAUGGGCAACGAACGGAAACGAAGCAUAUGGAAGACUAUGUGGAUGUUGAUUUUGAAGAGCGUGUGCGAAAAGUUACCUCCAUUGGGAAAAUUAGCGACGGUGGCUUAUUUUGGGUCGUAGAUCAGCUUCCUGGUCGGCUGCACGCAGAGGAUAUGACAGAGAAAAUCAUCGAGGAUGGUUACUGGCUUGGGAACGGUGUGCCCAUUUUUAAGGAACUAGCCGACAUCGGACAUGUAAAAACAAACAGCACCAAUACGCAACAGAAACAUUCCGCACAAGAUAAAAUUCUCAACAACAUCACCGACCUGGAUGGGAUAGCCAAAUUCAUCCGCCAAAGCGCCUACCGUGGUGACCUGGACCAGCAGAACCCGACGGCAUUCGGUAACAUCGACAUGAAGCUGUUCUCCGAAACCAAUGCUAGUAAUGGAACGGUGAUAUUCCAAGCAUACUCCGGUCCCCUGUUUGAACCGAUCACUGACGGUCAGGCGUUCAAGCGUAGUGUCGAAUCGGUGGACGUAGGCAAUGAUGAAGAGGCAGGUCCUUCAAUGGGCGCGAAGCCGAAGCGUAUGAAACCAUUCGAUUGGAAUGCUGCCGAUGACCUGGAAGCGCGCCACCAGGGGCAACCCGCGGUUUGGGACUUUGCUCGUGAAACGCCUCACUGGGCAUGGUUAUGAUGUGAUACGGAUGAGAGCUUAAAAUGUUCUGUCUUAAAGUGCUUAUAUUUAUACAAUAAUUUUUUGAAUGGCCAUAUUUCAAAAACUUACAACAUUUUAAAACUUACAAAACAAACUAGAUGCAAUAUAUUUCAGACAAUCUAUUGAGGGACCCCACUUUUGACGAUAUUUUAAUAAAAAAUAGCAAAAUGUUUUAUUGAA